AUACAUACACAGUUUACUUAUUUUUCUUUUUCAUAAGAUAAGCAUAUUUUUUGGCUUUUCAUUUUGCUCUUUGAGCCUUAUCCAUGGCGGCAACAACAACAGCAAUAGCCUUAACCCUUUCUUCCUUUACCCUUCGUUCUACCAUUCCUUCCAAAACCUUCUUCUUCCCCAAACCCUCAAAACCAAUUUCUCUCCGCCGCACAUUCCGCCCUCUUUCCCUCACACCACAAGCCAAAUCCUCCGACAUCGACACUUCCUUUUUCGACGACGUCAACCCCGAAGAAGACAUCGUUUUCGACCCACCAACACCACCAGAAGGAUUCACCCCACCGCCGUCUUUCGACGAGGGUCCAGAAGAAACGGAAGACGAAAUCGCCGCAGCUUACGAGGAACUAUACGGUCCGGCUUACAGCGGAGUCUCUGUUUUGGGAAACGAUGUGUACGUAAUGGAUUCGAAAGUGAAGAAAUCUAGCGCUUUUGGGAAAGUUAAGAAAGAGAAAGUAAGGGAUGGGUUUGAAGAAAGAGUGGUUCAAGUUAGGAGGGUUACUAAAGUGGUUAAAGGUGGGAAACAAUUGCAUUUUAGAGCUAUUGUUGUUGUGGGUGAUAAACAAGGUCAAGUUGGUGUUGGGGUUGGGAAAGCUAAGGAGGUUAUUGGUGCUGUUCAGAAAUCAGCUGUGAAUGCUAGAAGAAAUAUUAUUACUAUUCCUAUGACUAAGUAUUUGACUUUCCCACAUCGAUCGGAGGGUGAUUAUGGGGCAGCAAAGGUGAUGCUUAGACCUGCAGCACCUGGUACCGGAGUUAUUGCAGGAGGAGCUGUGCGAAUUGUUCUUGAAAUGGCAGGUGUUGAGAACGCAUUGGGCAAGCAACUUGGAAGUAAAAAUGCCCUUAACAAUGCCAGAGCUACGGUUGUUGCUGUGCAGAAAAUGAAGCAGUUCCGAGAAGUUGCUCAAGAACGAGGAAUUCCCAUGGAAGAGCUAUGGAAGUGAUGGUCGUGGAAACAACUUCACCAUUACCCUCAAUUCUCCUCUGCAAAUGUAGAUACAGUACAUGAGGCUUUGGUAAUGUAAGUCAACCAACAAGAUUUGAGCAUCUAUUUAACUUUUCGAUUAUUAAAGUUAUGUUACUCUGAGCUUCUAUUAGAAAUUUUCCAUUUUCUUUUCAUUUCUUGUCUCUGAUGUUUGUAAAAACUGAAUUUCUUGAGAACUUGCCAUCGAUUACUGAAAAAUCAAGUCCCUUUUGUAGGCAA